GAAUGGAUCAAGAUUUGAUACCCACAAUCACUCAGCAUUUGGAAGAAUUAGAACUCAUUGAUAGUUCUUAUUUCAAGAAAGACAGAAACAUCAAAAUGAGAGAGCUUCAUGACACUAUUAUCGGACUGCUUGAUCAGAACAAGUUUGAAUUUGAGAAUGGAAACAAAAAUGUCAAGAGCCAAUAUUAUUACCUCAGAGGUAAAACUUUGGAUUUCAUUCCGGAAUUCCAAAAGGAAGCUGAGGAAGCUCUUUGCAAAGCUGUCAAGCUGAAGCCUUUCUGGGUUGACCCGAUGAGAGCCCUCGCCCAUGUUUACUGGAAGAAAGCUGAUUACAACAAGUCAGUAAUGUUGUAUAAAAACGCAAUUGAAGAAGAUGAAAAUGAUAAAUAAGGCUCUUAGAUCUUUAUCUAUGGUUAUCAGGAAACUUCCAACAAAAGACUCUCAUGAACAACUUAAGUCACUCAAAGAGAGCAUUGAUUAUGGUAAGAGAGCAGUUGCGUGUGACUUCAAAGACAGUGAAAGCUGGUAUGUGCUUGGGAAUGCUCACCUCACAAAUUUUUUUAUGGGGUCAAAGAAUUAUGAAGAUUUGAAUUUUGCAUUGAAAGCAUAUACUCAGGCUGAGAAGACUCAAGUUUAUGAGCACCCAGACCUGUACUACAACAGAGCCACAAUUUACAACUACCUUGAGAAUUAUACAGAAGCCAUCAAUGAUUAUGAAGUUGCACAUUCGAUCGAUCAAAAUUUGGGAGCCAAAGAUAGAGCAAAAGCUAUUGAAGACUAUGUAAUAAAUGUGUGUAAUCUGAUCAAAAAGAAAGGAACCAUAAAGAGCAAAGUUUUAAAUGGAAUUGUAAAGUCGAUUCCUAAAACUAUUGGACAAGUCAAGUUCAUCAAGCCCGUCAAAGAUCAUAGUGAAGAAACCAAAUAUGAUGAAGAAAAUAAAGAAGAAACCAAAGAAGCCACUUCAAACUUAGUUUCUGACAAAGUCACAAAAUACAAAGUGCUUACUAUUGAACAAUGCAUCAUCGGUGAAAACUCAGGAGGAGUCUUUGUGUGAAAACUCAUUUGUCCAUUAAAGAAAGACCAGGAAGUCCCAAUUUGAUUCUUGGUUGUUGACUCUCAGUUCAAGUUUGCAGUGCUUUCACUAUACAACAUCAGCAGGAACAUUGAUAAAGUUAAGUUUGGUGACACUUUGAUGGUCAAAGACCCCACCUAUAAAGUAGUUAGUGUUAGGUACAAACAAAAUGUGUUAGCAUAUUCGUGAGUGAUGGUCACUGACAUUUGCAACAUUUUAGUGAACAAGAAGCCUUUAACAGAUGAGGUCUACCAUGCCGAACUGGUUACUGAAACAUUCACCUAAACAUAACUUAACCCACGUUUUUCAAUCUUA